CCUCUUUGGUGCCUUCAGCCAAGAGGCGGGAGUGACCCGCGGCAGCUGACCCAGCACCGGCACUGCCUGUCCCACAGCCCUCAGAACACACCAUGGGCCCAGAGGCAGGUUUGCAGCACAGCAGCGACGACGCCAGCGGCAGCCCGGGCGACUCUCAACUGCCUCCCUGACCGCCGACACCACCGCCCACUACCCCGAAAAGCCAUCGCCCGCAAAGGGAGAAGAAUCUACAGGCUCCCCCGAAAUCAUCUUAGCGAUCGACUCAAGCUACGUCAACAACUAUGGCGAGCGAGGAGCGGCGGGCGGAGCCGGUGAGGGAAGGAUGGGGGGUGUACGUCACGCCCAGCCCGCUGAGGGAAGGAAGGUCCCGGCUCGCCCCUCAAAAUGGCGGCGGCAGUGAUGCGCCUGCGUACGGAACUCCUACGCCGCCGCGCCACAGCCGGCGGGAAGUGAGGUUCUCAGAAGAGCCGCCCGAAGUGUACGGCGACUUCGAGCCCCGGGCGGCCAAAGAAAAGGUCCCGGUGGGAAGGCAGAUUCCGCUAGAAGAGUUCCGGCCCGAUUCAGCGAAAGAGGAAGUGAGAGAAAGCGCUUAUUACCUUCGGUCUCGGCGGCAGAGGCAGCCGCGGCUCCCGGAAGCCGAGGAGAUGAAAACGCGAAGGGGUACCCGCCUCCAGCAGCAGCAGCAGCAGCCUCACUCACAGCCGCCUCCGCUCCAGUCGUCUCCGGUCACGACCAGGAGAGGAUUACGGGACUCCCAUUCAUCUGAAGAAGAUGAAACACCUUCACAAACUGUUUUAAGCCAAACGGUCUCAAAGAAAACUAUCAUGAGAACCCAAGAGACUCCAGUGGUCAGUGAAGAUCCUGUAAUCAGCCUGCGUAGACCCCCUCUAAGAAGCUCAAGAUCUGAAGCCACCAGUGUCCAACAGAAGGUCAAUUUCUCUGAAGAAGGGGAAACUGAAGAAAAUGAUCAAGACAGCUCUGACAGUGAUGUUACUACUGUUAAGUUCAGAUCCAGAGAUUCUGUUGCAUCUGGAGACCAAACCACCAGAUCAUCAAGUCAAUAUCCAGAAUCACUUUGGCAGUCAUCGCAAAGUGGAGACUUUAUAACUCUUGAUAAGCAGCCAUUAGUGCUAAGCUCGGGAUAUCAAAAAAAUCCGCAGCAGUGGGUUGAACAAACAACAAGAAUAAGGACUAGGAUGCAGAAUGACAGUGUUCAGAAACCAGAGCUUGGAAACCAGUCGCCGUCAACCUCCAGCCAACAAGUGACUGGACAAGCCAAAACUACAUCUUUUUUCAAGAUAAAGUGGUGGUGGUUCCCUGUUGUGAUAGUUGCUCUUGCCAUUGGGAAUUUUUGGUUCAGUCGUACUUCUGAGGCAGAAACCACUGCUGUUCAAGAGUUCCAGAACCAGAUGAAACAACUGAUGAAUAAGUACCAAGGUCAAGAUGAGAAGCUGUGGAGAAGGAGCCAAACAUUCCUGGAAAAACAUCUUAAUAGCUCUCAACCUCGGCCUCAGCCUGCUAUCUUGCUGCUCACUGCUGCCCGAGAUGCCGAAGAAGCACUGAAGUGUCUGAGUGAACAAAUUGCUGAUGCCUAUUCUUCCUUCCGCAGUGUCCCUGCCAUCCGGAUCGAUGGGGCGGGCAAAGCUACUCAAGAUAGUGAUAUUGUCAAACAAGAGGUGGAUGAGGAAUUGAGCAAUGGAUUCAAAAAUGGCCAGAAUGCAGCUGUGGUACACCGCUUUGAGUCACUGCCUGCAGGCUCGACUUUGAUCUUCUAUAAGUAUUGUGACCAUGAAAAUGCAGCCUUCAAAGAUGUAGCCUUAGUCCUGACUGUCUUGUUGGAGGAAGAGACACUCGGAACCAGUCUAGGCCUCAAGGAAAUUGAAGAAAAAGUGAGGGAUUUCCUCCAAGUUAAGUUCACCAACUCGGACACACCUGACUCCUACAAACAUAUGGACCCAGACAAAUUGAAUGGACUCUGGAGCCGUAUUUCUCACUUGGUCCUACCUGUCCAACCUGAAAACGACCUGAAAAGGGGCAUCUGCUUAUGAGGGGUGACAGAAGAGAAAAUCAUGUCUCAAGUCUUCCGAAUCUCCGAAUCUUUCAGACUUUCUAACCAGAGACAGGAUUCGGAGCUCUUUAUGGAAGAACUACUUUGUUUUUUUUUUUAAAGGCGUUUAAGUUCUUAUGUAAACGUGGAACUUCUAAAUCAUUUAUUCAGCCUAAUUAUCUGUCACUUGAGAGAAUAGUUUCCCUGUUUCCACUAAGAUCUGUGUUAAUGAUAUCUGAGGACUAUAAAUUAUAUGCAGUCCCAUAGAGGAUCUACUUAGAUUCUGGAUGGAAUCCUUUUUGUGGUGGUAUGACCAGUGGGGGGGGGGAUUAGGUGCCUUCCUAUGAAUCCUCCUGAUUUUUUAACUUAGAUGUUUUUCAGAGCUGAUUGAGUUUUUAGUAAGACAGCUCCCUAAACACAACUGUGGGUUUUUCCAUUUUGUUCUCUUUUACAUCUUUCAGAUUUGAAUUCCUUAGUCAGCUUCUGCUUAUAGGAACAAAAGAAGUGAAAGGUCAUCUGUGUGUGUUUGGAGGUGUUUUGUUUUUUUUUUGUUUUUUUUUUCUUUAUUUUAGGACGGCUGGGAGAGGCGAUAAGGGAAAAGGAAGAAGUUGUGGAAUGGGGAAGGGAAGAGGGGAAAAGUCUUCAAGAUGAAAUGUUAAAAUAAGCCACUGAGACUCAGGAUUGGCCAAACAUACAUAUGUGAAAUCCAUCCUCAGUGAAUUCUAUUGGGAUUUGUUUUCCACAUUUUCUUUUUGUUCCCCUUUAAGAAAUUUUUAGUCCUCCCAAAGAUUUGAAGCAUGUAUGUGACAAGGUUUAGUAUAUUUGUUCACUCAGCUCUUAAAGAAUGGGUAAAUUCAGAGCAGCUUCUUUUGGUCAUAUCCUGAGAGUAUUUUUUAAGAAAUAUAAUUAUUGGUAAACCAUUUGUUACCUAGCUUUCCUGGGCUGUUGAAGGAUUUGAAUUUCUGUGUGUCUACUUGCUGCAGUCUAAGUCCUUUAGUGAUACUCUUAUAACAGAUAUAAAGAUUUACUAUGCAUGUGAUAAAUUCUGUUAAGAGUGCCUCAACCGGAAAAGGAAGUGGAGUUUACCUUAUGUGAAGAAUGUUAAAAUGUACUACUGUUCAUUACUGUACUACUACAGUAUUUCGGUUUUAACUUUACAUCUCUAACAUCUUUCUCAUUUGUCAACUGCUUUGAUUUUCUUAGAAUCCUAAAAUUCUGGAUCCGCCUUAUUUUUUUAUUGUCUACAAACCAUUAAAUGAAAAUACUGUUUUUAGAAUACAGCCUGUCGGUGGCUUCAUCAUUUACCGUUUGAGUAAAUGAGUGGUGGUACAGUAUGGUCUCAUUUCUUCCCUCCAGGACUGCCAGUAUCCAUAAAUUUAUACCCCUCACUGUAAUUUGUUCCUGACUAUCAGAAGUCAGAUGUUCUAAUUUAUAGAGGAUUCUAAAAUAAGAGUUUUUGAAAAGGCUUAUUUUAUACAUAUAUGUAUUAUAUGGAGAAACAGAUGUUUUUAUUAAAUGUCUCUUUGACCAAAAUAAUUUUAAAGUCACUAAUAUUACUUGUAUCAGGAAAAAAUAACUGUAGCAGCUGAUCUGUAAAUGACUUUGAAAGCUAUUUUAGUAAUUUAAAUAAAUUUACUUUAUUGGUUUGUAA